AACUGGACAGGGAGAGGUGAAUCAUACUUUGCUGUAUAUCUAAACCUCCCACAGGUUUGUCGAACUCACUGCUGUAAAGCUACUGAAUGAAAAUCAAUUGGACACAGUCAGGCCACAACACCAUGGUGAUCAGAGGCAUGAGCUUCUUUUGAGUUUGCCUCUGAAACAUCAAAGAUACAUUUACUCGAGAAGCAGAGGUGGAUAUCUCCAUGGGCUGGUUACCCCAUCCCACACAAACAUUCGCUGUGACUGUGACUUUCUCUUUUGCAUUGCAUCAACUCCUGCUCUGUUGUAGGCUGGAAGAUUAAGUUCAGUUAACUACCGCAUCCUCUUUGCUUCAACCAUGAUGCCUCUGCAGGUCCUCCUCGGGGUUGGUCUGGCCUUCCUCUGUUUCUGCUUGAUGCUCGGCUGUGCCCUCUGCUGGCGGAAAAGGAAGCAUCAGAGCACCACCAACAGCAAGGACCCGGCCUCUGAGCGGAUCGUCAUGGACCCCAGCUUGCCUCUGCCAGGGAGCGCCAGUACGCCCAUCAAGCAGCAGUACGAGGAGGUGCGCGGCUUAGUAUUGGAGCACCCGCCAGGCGCUCUGCCGGACCUGGACCCUGACUCUGGCUACAGGCAUGGUCCCCACGGCAGAGCGUCACUGCCCUUCAUCCCCGCUGUGCAGAAAGCCAGCCUGACCAGCCGAACCAAGAGGAUCCUUGAGAGGCGCUGCACCGUCUCGGGCGACUGCUCUGUCUACAACCAGUGCGGCAUCUACCCGACCCCGGGCAUCAUGCCCGCAGGCCCCGGCCUGGGCCAUUCCCUCACCACGCCUGACGACCUGGCAGGUGCCAAGUCAAAGCCAAGGCCGGCCCUACACUUCACACUCUUCUACUCGCCCUAUGAGGUCACCCUGACGGUGAGCGUCCUGGGCAUCUCCAACCUUCCCAAGAAAUUUGGCACCGGCUGUGACUCCUAUGUGAGGGUCUACUUGCUGCCUAGGUUCAUGGAGCCACAGCAAACCAGCAUCCGCAGGAAGAGCCUGAACCCCGAGUUCUGGGAGAGCUUUCACUUCUCCGGUUACACACUCGAGGAGAUAAAAUGCUUCACCCUCCGCUUUGCCACCUACGUCAAGGAGUUCCACAAUUUGAAGGACACUUUCAUUGGUGAGGUGCUGUUCGCCUGCGAGCAGGGAGACUGGCAGCCAGAUUCACCCUCAGCUUAUACACGAGAGCUCACCACCACAAAGACAAAGCUCAAAAAGUGUCUCAGCUCCCAGGAUGUGGUGGGUCCUUCUGGCAGCACGGGACAAACCAAGUUGCUGGGCCAGCUCUUCAUCCUGCUUCAGUAUCAGACCCUGGCUAACCGGAUCAAGGUCAUGGUUCGAAAGGCUGAGUCUUUGGCCAGGCUGACCCGCAUGCCAGGGUCACCAGAUCAUUAUGUCAUUAUAAAUCUCUACCAAGAUGGUAAGCUACUUUCAACCAAGGAAACCAAGACAUCAAGCGGCUACAACCCUGUGUGGAAUGCACCAUUUCUGUUUGAUGUACCUUCAGGAGAUAUUGAAAGCCUACAGCUCUCUCUGGAGUUUAUAGUCAUGCAGAGUCGCAUCUACACCCGAAGUGGAGUUCUCGGCCGUGUGGUGAUUGGGUCAAAUGCUUCAGAGACAGGAAGAACGCAUUGGAGGGAGAUGUCGAGUCGGGGGCACGUGGAAUCUGCUAGGUGGCAUACCAUCCAGCCAGACACUCUCUAGACCACCCUCAUACACACAUCUGUUCUGUCACCCCUACCACUAUCCCUUAACUGUUCAGUGAAACGUAAUAAUCUGUACGAAAACCCCAACGUCCAUUAGGAGCUUGGUGUUGCCGGAGCACAGUCAGUGGUUCCAGAUAUUACACGCUCAUUUCAUGGCUGCCAUUUUUUUCACAGAUGGCCUGUUGCUAAGGGAUACAUGAUAAGUUGAGAUUGUUUCAGUGUUGAUCUGAGAGUUUCUCAGUCUGUAAUGUGAGCCCAUUGACCUCAACGUACACUUCACCUGUCCUACUCUGGGACAAAGAAAAACCGAGAACUGCUUAAAAAGACUUUCUUUAAAAAAUAAUGUGAAAUAUAUAUUCCUCCAGCAGGAAAGCCACAACAACAACACAAACUGAUUCAACUUAUUAAAAUAUUUCAAAGGGCUUAAAUGCAAGUGUUAUCACCAUAUUGACACCAAAUCAUAACUGGAGAUAUCAAGGCAGAUACAAGGAGAUAGGUUUCUGGGAGCAUCCUAUGGGGGAAAUAAAAGCAAGUUGGAGAGGUUUAGGAGGGAAAUUCUAGAGUUUGGAAUUUGUGUAGCUCAAGGCCUGAUGAGACAAUAAAAAAUGAGGGGUUUUGGAAGUAAUGGAGGAGCAUUAUUAUUGUCACAUAUACCUAGAUACAGUGAAAAGUUUUGUUUUGCCUGUGGUGCAGGCAGAUCAUAACAGACAAAGAUCGUAGGGUGAUUGGACAGAGCAGGGAAUACAAAGUUACAGUUGCACAAAAAGCAAGAUCAGCAUUAGCAGGAAUGAAGCUGUUCAUGAAUUUAGUGGUAUGUAUCUUUAAGCUUUUGUAUCUUCUGCCUGAUGGAAGAGGGUAGAAGAGAUUAUAAGGGAAGGCCAGUGGUAAGGACGUCUGCAGAGAACCUGCAGAGGGAUAUAGACAAGUUAUGCAAGUGGCCGAAAACUAGGAUAGACUAUAACAUAAGAAAAUGUGACGUUAUGCGCUUUGGCAGCAAGGAUAGAGAUGCUGUCUAUUAUUUAAUUGAAGAAAGACUGCAGUAAGUUGUAGCACAGAGGGAUACUGAGAGUCCUUUUGCAUUAAUACCAAAAAGCUAGCAUUGAAGUUCAAAAGGUAAUAGGCCAGAUUGUAUGUUGGCCUUAAUUUCGAAAGGAAUGGAAUGUAAAAUUAGGGAAGAUCUGCUAACCCUAUACAAAGCACUAGCUAGAACAUACCUUUGUUUAACUCGGGGAAGAUGUAUUGGCAUUAGAGGCAGUUGAGAGAAAAUUCACGAGUUGGAUCUUGGGUCUCAAGGGAUUUUGUUAUGACGAGAGGCUGAGCCUGCACUCACUAGAAUUUAGAAAAAUCAGAGCCAACUUUAUUGAAAUGUACAAGAUUCUUAUGGGACUUGCCAGGGUGGAUGCAGAAAGGUUAGUUCCCCUGUGGGAGAGUCUGGAACCAGAACACAUUGUCUCAGGAUGAGGGCUGCUCCCGUUAGGACAGAGAUGACAAGGAAUUUCUUCUAUCCGUGGACAGGGAAUCUGUACCAUUCUUUAUCACAGGCCGCUGUCGACGCCAUGUCUUUAAGUAUGUUCGAGGCUACAUUUGACAGAUUUUUAAUCAGGAAGGGAAUCAAGAGUUAUAAGAAAAAGGCAGGAAAGUUGAACUGAGGAUUAUCAGAUCAGGCAUGGUCUCACUGGGUGGUGGAGAAGACUCAUUGGGCUGAAUGGCCCACUUCUGCUCCUACAUCUUUAGGGCUCUGUUUUAGACUUGGAGGAGAUUAGCGAGACAGUGUUGGGAUUAGGAGUCAAAAAGCUAUGGAGGAAUUUGAAAAUGAAAGUAAUAUGAGGAAUGGUUGAGAACUUUGGGUCUGUACUUGAUGGAGUUUAGAAGGAUCGGGGGAGGUGGGGGGAUGGGGAGACCUCAUUGAACUUUACAGAAUGGAGAGACCUGGAUAGCUAGGACAUGGAGAAGAUGUUUCCACCAGUAAGAAGAACUAGGAUCUGAGGGCACUGCCUCAGAGGGAAGGGGUGACCCUCUAGAACUGAGAUGAGGAGGAAUUUCUUCAGACAGAGGGCGGUAAAUCUGUGGAACUUAUUGCUACAGAAGGCUGUGGAGGCCACAUCAUGAAUAUAUUUAAGACAGAGAUAGACUGGUUCUUGAUUACUAAGGGGAUCAAGGGUUAUAGGGAGAAAGCAGAGAAUGGUUGAGAAACAUAUCAGCCAUUAUUGAAUGGCAGAGCAGUCUUGAUGGACUGAAUGGCUUAAUUUUGCUCCUAUAUCUUAUGGUCUUACAGUGUUGUGGAAAGAAACAUUUUAGAAUUGAGCCAUUACUUGAAUGGAAGCCAAUAUAGCGAAGAAAGCCAAAGAGCAGUGGGUGAGAUUUGGUGGAUUCACUCCAGUGAAUGAACCCAAUCUUAAGUAGGGCAGAAGCUAAGUGACCAGAUUGACUCCCACUUCUCGAGACUGUGUGCGAUGCCUAACCCUAAACCCAACCCUAAUGCGGUGAAAGUUUUCCCAUUAAAACAUCAAUGCCAUCACAAAACAACUCAGAUGUGUCAUUUCACAGGUGGGUUAUCUUCCAAUAUCUGACACCAAACUUCAUAAUGUAUCAUUUUUGAGUGCAGGAGCAAUGUAGUCCUGUUUCAGUUGAAGAGAACAAUGGUGAGACUGAAUUUGGAAGGCUGUGUGCAGUUUUCAUCCCCUCACCUAAUAAAGAAUGAGUUUUCUUUAGGAGGAGUGCAGCAGAGGUUCAGCAGACUGGUUCCUCAAUUGUCCAACAAGGCCAGAUUAAAGAGAUUGGGUCUAUAUUUGAAAAAUUGAGAAACAAUCUGAUAGAAUCUUACAAUAAGCUUAAAGAGGCAGAUAGUUUCCCCAAUUGUGGAAUUUAGAACCUCUUGGCAGGGCUAGGGAGGAAAUCCAAUCUAGAAUAAAAGACUAAGACUCAAUAAGACAUCGAGGACAGAGGCAAGGAAGAACAUCUUCAUUCAGAGGAUGGUGUAUCUUUGGAAUUCUGUACCGCUGAGAGACUGUGGAGAUUCAAUCAUUGCACAUAUUUAAGAUGGAGAUUGAUAGAUUUCUAGUUACUUGUAACUUUAAGGAUGGAUGUUCGGGCUCAAGGGGCUGAAUGGCCUGGACAGGUACCAAAUUGUUUUGUCCAACUGACCUGAGGUAAACGUUCAUCCUUUCAAUAAGAGAUUGCGCACACAUCCAAGCAUGGAAUGUCAUCGCCUCAAAUAUCAUUUAUCAACAAAUGAGAACACUUUAAGAACUGCUGCCAGUGCAGGUGGACGUUUCCAUCUAUCUCCUCACUUUGAACAGUGACAUUUGGGUGGUUGUAAGUCCAUCAUUAAUUAUAGCAGCUUUAUAUCAUCACACUUAGCAUCACAGUCGUGUGCCUUAGAUGCAAUGUUUCCUACACUGGAGUUUGUUUGUGUUUGGUGGGAAAUUUUCCUCCUGCACUAUUUCAAGUGAGAUUAUGAGCCCUUUUAAUAGGUAUCAGAAAUUGAAGGAUAAAAUGUUUCACAAAGUCAGUAACAGCUUGUACUAGUGGAAACAUAAAUAAACUUAAUAUGGAUGUAGAUACUGAUACUGGCUUCAGUUGCGCUGUAAAGUUAACAUAGCCCCAAAGUUAGAAGUCACAAGACACCAAGUUAUAGUCCAACAGGUUUAUUUGAAAUCACAAGUUCUCAGCACGCUGCUGAUGAAGUCACUUCACCUGAGCAGUGCUCCAAACGCUUGUGAUUUCAAAUAAACCUGUUGGACUGUAACCUGGGGUCACGUGAUUUCUGACCUUAUCGAUCCCAGUUCAGCACCAGCACCUCCACAUCAUAGUCCCGAAGGGCUGCUCUCUCAUUAGAGUGAGGUGGUUGUUGGUGAGGCCACCGUCUCUCAGGGGAGGUUGAGAAAAAAAAAUGUUCUUCAUAGUAACCUCAGUCAGUGCAGGAAUUGAACCCAUGCUGUUGCUAUCACUGUGCAUUGCAAACCAGCCAUCCGACCGUAGAGUCAUUCAGCACAGAGACAGGCCCUUCAGUCCGACUCAUCCGUGCCGACCUAUUUUCCCUUCUCAACAUGCCGGUCUCUAAUGCCAUUAAGUUAGUUCCACUGACAUUUGUAUCCAUGCUGGUAUUCUUGUUAAUUUACUAGAUGAAAAUCCCAUCAAAAGCUGCCUCUGAGGGCCAUUCACAUUAAAUAUAGAGACCUCUUUUGACAAAGAGGCAUAUAAAGUCACCACUUAUGUACUGGACUGUACUACAUUGUCUGCAAGCAUUUUGGGAGGAGUUGACUAUAUUAUUUGAAAGAGUCACAGACAGUUCCUCAUGUUCACAGCCUGCACCUUCCCCAAGUCUUCUAAUGCCAGUUAAAGUGUGUGUGAAGUGGCUGGUAACAUAUAAAGUUGAUGACUUAUUCCACGUUAGGCAUAAACUACAGGCAAUUUAAGAUCACAAGCUAUGCUCACGCUCAAACAGAAAUAUCAACUGUGCUUUUGGUUAGAAACUGAUAUCUAGGAGUCCUUCUAUGUGAACCUGAUUAACUUAAUCAAUAAAGUGCACGUCUGUAGUUGGUCUAAGUAUGUAUAUAUUUUUGGACUCUCGCUUAUAGUUUGCUCUAUAUUAAUAUUUUGUGUAAACAUUAUCACCCAAAUAAAUCUU